AUGGAGAGUCAUCCUAGAUGUACUGAUCACCCCUUUACUUCCCUCCUUGACCCUUUGCAGGAGAAGCUCAGCAGGAGAAAGGCCAGGUCGGGGCCACCGCUUCCACCUCCAAGAUGUGCAAACUCCCAAGCUUGGAGAAAAGAUGAACCCAGCCCAUCUCCUCUGUCUGUCCCAGGGACCUGGAAACACAGGGUAAAGGAGGAGGAAGAGGAGGAGGAUAAAUAUGAGCUGCCCCCCUGUGAGGCUCUACUCUGCCACCUCACCCCUACCCACCUUUCUGGCACUGAGGAGGACUCUUUGUACUCGGCCCAAGGCAGCGCCGAGCCCACUGGAGGCCCUGAAGCAGAGCUGGCCCUUUGGAAGGUGCCAGGCCCUGCGAAUGAGCCCGAUGAGGACAUCUAUGUGGAGUGUGAGCCCAGUCCAGUCCCAGCCUUUACUCAGACUCUGAGUUCCCCAGUCCUGACGGCCCCCGUCCCUCUACCAAGGAUAUCCGUGGGGCCCAGGCCCACCAUAACCCCCCAAGAAGCUCAGAAUGGAGCAUCAAAGGCCACCUCUGAAGAAAGAAGAACCUCUCUUUCUUCUAUAGCCACCACCCAGAACACCUCAGGUGCCCAGGAAGGCAAUCUGCUGGGUCAGCCUUGGUACUCAGGGAACUGUGACCGCCAUGCUGCUGAGAGCGCCCUGCUCCGAUGCCAGAAGGAUGGAGCCUACACUGUGCGCCCCAGCUCAGGCCCUCACGGCACCCAGCCCUUCACCCUGGCAGUACUUCUCCAUGGCCGAGUCUUCAACAUUCCCAUCAGGCGGCUGGCUGACGGUCGCCACUAUGCCCUGGGCCGUGAGGGCAGGAACCAUGAGGAGCUCUUCUCCUCCGUGGCUGCCAUGGUCCAGCACUACACGCAGCACCCCCUCCCGCUCCUGGACAGACAGAGCGGCAGCCGGCAGCUCACCUGCCUGCUCUUCCCCACCAAGCCCUGA